AGAAGAGAGAGGUGUGUUACUUUGUCUGACAGCUGACUACCCUUGGGACGUUACUUUUUGCCUUUCAUUGUAUACAUUUUUGGUACACAAUGCCUGUUAAGAAGAAACAGUUUGCCCAUAACAUUAGCAGGAAGAGGAGCAGGAACUUAGAAGCAAUGCCAAGGGCUAGACAAGCAAAGAGAGCAGCGGCAGCAGCUGCUGUGGGUGGUGACGCCGCCACCAUGCUAGUACCACCACGUGGUGACGCCGCCACCAUGCUAGUACCACCACGUGGUGACGCCGCCACCAUGCUAGUACCACCACGUGGUGACGCCGCCACCAUGCUAGUACCACCACGUGGUGACGCCGCCACCAUGCUAGUACCACCACGUGGUGACGCCGCCACCAUGCUAGUACCACCACCCUCCUCUCAAGACCUAUCCUUGUUCACUGCUACUCAACUAUUGGAUAUUUCAUGUUCAGAAACAAGCAAGACAAAAUAUAGGAGCCCCGCAAAGAUGCCCACCUCCACCACGGCUGCUACUACCACAACUACCUCCACUGCUGCUACUACCACAACUACUACCUCCACUGCUGCUACUACCACAACUACUACCUCCACUGCUACUACUACCACAACUACUACCUCCAUGGCCCCCUCUACGGCCACUGUCACGACUACUACCUCCACGGCCAUUCCAUAUGUGGCCACCAAACGUUCACGUGGUCGACCCAGAAAAGACGUACCUGUGGCCACACGACGUAACUGUGGCCGACCAAAAGGAUCUAAGAGCAAAAGACGUCCCAAUUACUUUGUAUUGAGCCCAUAUGAGGCCAGCACCUCCACCACCACCCAAGAUGCGGCCACCAGCACCACCACCACUCAAGAUGUGGCCACCAGCACCUCCAUGGCCACUUCAUCUCGUAUGACCACAUCUGUGGCCAGCACCUUCACUGCCACCCCAGACGUGGCCAACAUCUCUGAUAUUAAUACUAAUGUUGCGAGUGAUAUUCCAGUGUCAACACCUGCAUCUGCUGAGGUGUCAAGUGCCACACAGACAGUGCCAUUAUUUAGUAAUGUAAAGAUGGUGAAUUGUAAUACAUUAUAUAAUACUGUCUUAUCGAAAGUGUUUUGCUCGGAGUGUUGUGUUAAAAAAAUGGAAACUAAAUAUUAUGAACACCAUCUAGAGACAGUUAUUGUUCUAGAGUGUCCUGGUUGUGGACAUCAGUUGGGGGAGAAACCUAGUUCUUAUAAAGUAUCGAAUGAGGUAACUGGUAGGAUGGUGUAUGGGGAGAUGGUAGCAGGUGAAGGAUACACUGCACUUGCUCGUAGAAAUGCAUUGUGCACUCUUCCAUGUAUCACUCUAGAUACAUACAAUAAAUAUGCGUCUAUGAUAACAGAAAAAUGUAUCGAGUCAUGCCAGAAAAUACUUGCUGAAUCUAGGGACAUUAUUGUUGAGGAAUAUGCCAAAUUAAACAUUGUACCAGAUGUCAAUGGAAUUCUUGACAUUGAUGUAACAUAUAACUGUACAUGGCACACAAAGAGACAUCACUCAAAUAUAGGCGUUGGUAUCGCUCUCGAUGCCGUGACGAAAUUAGUGGUUGAUUAUGAAGUUUUGUGCAAGUACUGUCAAAUGUGUGCCUAUAUGGAAAGUUCUUACAGCAAACAGACAACAUCACUUGAAAAAUAUGAACAAUAUGAAAAUGAACACGAACAUAAUUGUUGCAUAAACUAUUCAGGAACAUCUGCAAAGAUGGAAAGUGAAGCAGCAGCAAAAAUUUGGCAACGAUCUCUUGAAAAAAAACUGAGAUACAAAACAAUAGUGAGUGACGGUGACAGCAGUACGUAUAAAACCAUUGUUGACCUCAACGAUGGUGAGGGACCAUAUCCAGGUGUAAAUGUUGAAAAAGAGGAGUGUAUCAAUCACUAUGCAAAACGUCUAAAGAACAGACUAACAAAUUUGGUGAAGUCACAAUAUGUUGAGAAAGAAUUGAAAACUGGGAGGAAGAGGAAGGAGUUCGCCAUGAAGAAAAAGGGCAUGUUGACAGACUCUGUAAUUGAUAAGUUAGCACAGUACUUUCAAAAGAACCUGAGAGAGAAGAUCGGUCAUGGAGUUGAAGAUAUGAGGAAUUGUAUCAUGGCAAGUUUCUUCCAUUGUUCCUCAACUGAUGAAAAACCUCAGCAUCACCUUUGCCCAACAGGUGAUAAAUCCUGGUGUUUCUACCAGAAAGCAGCAACAGCAAACCUUCCUCCACCAUCUCACACCAAGAUGAAAGUGCAGUUCCAACUGGAACCUGCAUACAUGGAGGAGGUGCAUAAUAUCUACAAAGACCUAACAUCAGAUGAAAUGAUGCAGCGUUGUGUAAAAGGCAGAACGCAAAACCCUAAUGAAAGUCUGCAUCAACGCAUAUGGUCUUACUGCAAUAAAGCCAAAUAUCAAACCAAGAGGCAUGCUGAUUUCGCAGUCAGCCAUGCUGUUGCAGACUACAAUACUGGAUAUGUGAGGAGCUGUUUGGACAUAGCACUGGGCUACGGACGUUCAGCAGUGACUCAAGCACAACUUGAAUUAAUGGAGAAGCACAUGAAGGAAAAACGGAAACGAAGUGGAAAGAAGAGGAAAAGGGAGCUACGUCCUACGAGCCUGGAGGACAUUAGAUAAUCAUGUGUCCACCUACAUCCAGUCAAAGAUUGACUGGGAUGGAUUGUUAUGAUUGUCCGGCCACCAGAGAACUUCAGGAUGAAGGGAUCUUCAUGGAACGUCAGGAAUAAUGUCUAUACAACCAGUUCUACUCUCAAUAAACGUAUAAAGGCA